AUGUACAAACAACAAAUUUCUCCCUCUUCCUAUCGGUGGACUCAAGAAAAACUCAAAGCUCUUAAAAACUUGUUAAUCACCAGUGUUGAACAAAAUCAUUGUACCACUACCACCAUCUCGCAACAACAACCGAAUUGGGACAUGAUUGCACAGAAAUUAAAUGAAAAAUUCGGAACUGCUUUUUCAGCACAAAAUUGUCAAGAUGCCACCACCCGAUUCAUGUAUGUCGAAUAUUUGAGUGGGGACAUGUGGGCAUUGAUUUUUUCAUUUCUCAAUGUGAAUGAUGUUUUUCGAAGCGUAGAGAGAGUUUGUAAGAAUUGGAGACACGUGUUGCUGAGUCCGGAUGGUGAUUGUAGUGUGUAUCUUGUACUAGCGAAUGAAAUUGCCACCAUGUGUGGAUUUUCAAAUGCAAAAUCAACCAUUACUGCCAUGCCACACGAAAAAUCGUAUCGAGAAUUAGUGAAAGAAUUUUAUAUAACGCCACUGGAAGGACAAUUAUAUGAAUCGGAGGCAUAUACUUCUUAUUCAAACAAAGGAGGAGUUAUUGAUAUUUGGAGUUGGAAGCCAUGUGAAUUAUUGAAAAUUUUACUUGAACAUUUCAAGUCGGUACAUGAACCACUGAAUGAAAAUAUGAAAAUGAUUCACAAAUACACACUCAUGAGUUCGAUUAGCCGGUGGAUCGAAGAAAAGUAUCUUCUUGUUGGAGCUGAUGACAAGCAUCGAAUAAUUGCUUUUCGUUCCAAUUUGCAAAGUCCUUCCCCAAAAAUAUCCAAUGUUUCUCACGGAAUUCUAUUGCGUGAAAUGAUGCAAAAUCUUGGAGAGAUCGAUUUGGAAAGAAAAAGUUCUUUACCAUCUUUACCAGUAGUAUACCUUUCAACACUGUCGACGGAAGAUAUUUUCGACCGAGCAGGAUGUCCUCCCUACAGAAUGAAAGACGCAUCUAAUGAAAUUUCACAAUUAAGAACUGAGUUAUUUGGAGAUUCAUGUUUUGUGUAUGAAUGGAAAACGACCACAGCUGACGACAAUGAUAACACAUGGUCCACGUAUUGGCUGUCAGGAAUGGAAUGGUGGGGAACGUAUGCUUUUACCGUUUACAAUCCUGAAAAGAAUUUGUUUUUUGUGACAACAGCUAGCACAAGUGAUUAA